AUGCCUCUCUUCAAGAGGACACCUUUCUUCUUACUGGACCCGCCAAAGGACUUGGAUCCCAAGGAGAAGGUGUUCCAAGUUCGAUUUACUAAGGAGAUAUUUCGAGAUUACCAGGAAUACCUGAAUAGGUUGAACCUUUACCGUAAAAGAGUUUGGACAUGUAAGGUGUCUGGAAAAUCCAAUUUAACCUAUGAGGAAGCUUUGGUCUCAGAGCAGCGCGCUGCAGAGAAGGCUCAACAGUUGCCAAGAGAGCUUAUGUCUCCUGUUCUCCAGAUGAUUCAAUACAGUACACUUAGCUUAACUGACCUUGUCAACAAGAUAUAUGGCAGUCUGCAAGAGAAUCUGUUUGAAGGAUUAGAAUUACAUGCUAAAAGAGAUGGUUUGGAGGCUGCUUGCAAGAUUCUGAAGGUUAUAGGUUCAGGUGAAACCACAAGCUAUGAGGUGGGCUGGAUUGGUCAAGACAAUGCAAUUACCAGCACUUCAGUUCUCAGAGCGGACGAUCUGAUUCGCAAGAAAGCGCCUUGUGGUCGUAAUAUGCUCAAGAUUUUUAUCAGGGAAUCAACAUCACAAAACUCUCCAUGGAUCGUACAUAUGAAUCUUGCGAAGAAAUAUGGCAUACCCACCGAGCCUCCAAAAGACAUGAUUAAUGGUGAAGGAUUGUCCAAAGCAAGGAAAAGACUAGCGAAUGGGACUGCAGAAGAUGCCAGCAAAAGGUCAAAGAAAGAUGAAGAGGAACAAGUAGUACCAGUUAAAUACCCAAUCGAUGAUCUUUUAGUAAAGCCGGUGGCAGAUGACCCUGUUUUGUCGAAGAGAUGCCCACCAUCCACAGAUUUCAAAGUCCCUAUAAGUUCUGUGGGAGAUCUCCUGAUGGUCUGGGAUUUCUGCAUGUCUUUUGGGAGGCUUUUAUGCUUGUCGCCGUUUUCCCUAUCAGAUCUGGAGAAUGCAAUUUGCCACAAAGAAACCAAUCUUGUUCUUCUUGUGGAAAUACAUACUGCACUUCUCAAUUUGCUUAUUAAUGAUGAAGGUGAAUAUUUUGAGUUUAUCCAGGACAAGAACAGAAAAUCAAAGGUAUCUUUAGUCACAUGGAAGGAGUAUCUAUGUGAUUUCAUGGAAAUGACAAGUAUCUCCAGUAACAUAUCAACAGUACGAAGGGGUCACUAUGGUCUUGUUCCCACUAGCCUGAAACUUGAAAUCCUACGGGAAUUGGUAGAUGAAGCCAUUGCAACUAUUGCUGUAAAAGAGAAAUUAGAUGAACGCAUUGAUCAGCAACAAGCACUUGCAGCAGAAAAAAGAGAGAUUGCUAGAAAGAAUAAGGAAGAGCAGAAGCUGAUCAUGGAAGUGGCAACAGAAAAGGAAAUGAAUCAGACAAAUGCUGUACAGGACGGCAACGAGAAUGUUAAUGGCCAGCUUGUGGCAAAAGAAGGGAAGGAGAGGAAGAACACUCCCGCCAGCAAAAUGGGAGAUGCGAAAUUGCAUCUGGGGAGGCAUCUUGAGAAAGAACUACUGGACCAAUCAGUACGAACUAGUCCUCUUGGAAAAGACAGAUUCUAUAACAGGUAUUGGUUUUUUAAGCGUGAAGGAAGACUUUUUGUUGAAAGUGCAGAUUCCAAAGAGUGGGGGUACUAUAGCACCAAGGAAGAGCUUGAUGCGCUCAUUGGGUCUUUAAACAUUAAAGGCAUAAGGGAGAGAGCACUCAAACAACAGCUUGACAAGUUCUACAACAAGAUAAGUAUUGCUGUGGAGAAGAGAUUGAAGGAGGUGACACAUCAGUUGUUAGUUGAAGAGGCUGUAUUGCGGCGUUCUUCUCGUGUACAUGCUCAUCCAAAGGACAGCCCCUCUACGUCAUUCCUCGAGUAUGUCAACACAUGGAAGCCUAUUACAAAGAGAAACAAAUCAAAAGAAGAUCGAGCUACUUAG